GAAGAUGGCGCUCACCAGCUUUUUACCUGCACCUACUCAGCUAUCUCAGGACCAGCUUGAGGCUGAAGAAAAAGCAAGAUCGCAGAGAUCACGACAGACCUCACUGGUCUCCUCCCGAAGAGAACCUCCCCCAUACGGGUACCGGAAAGGCUGGAUACCUCGGUUAUUAGAGGAUUUUGGAGAUGGAGGUGCUUUUCCAGAGAUCCACGUGGCCCAGUAUCCCCUGGAUAUGGGACGAAAGAAAAAAAUGUCAAAUGCACUGGCCAUUCAGGUGGAUGCUGAAGGAAAAAUUAAGUAUGAUGCAAUUGCUCGACAGGGACAGUCAAAAGACAAGGUCAUUUAUAGCAAGUACACUGACCUGGUUCCCAAAGAAGUCAUGAAUGCAGAUGACCCAGACCUGCAAAGACCUGAUGAAGAAGGCAUUAAAGAGAUAACAGAAAAGACAAGGGUAGCCUUAGAAAAAUCCGUAUCGCAGAAGGUUGCUGCAGCCAUGCCAGUCCGAGCAGCUGAUAAACUGGCUCCUGCUCAGUAUAUCCGAUAUACACCAUCUCAACAAGGAGUGGCUUUCAACUCUGGAGCUAAACAGAGAGUUAUUCGAAUGGUGGAAAUGCAGAAAGAUCCGAUGGAACCUCCAAGGUUCAAGAUUAAUAAGAAAAUUCCCCGGGGACCACCUUCUCCUCCUGCACCUGUCAUGCAUUCUCCUAGCCGAAAGAUGACCGUGAAGGAACAACAAGAGUGGAAGAUUCCUCCCUGUAUUUCAAACUGGAAAAAUGCAAAGGGUUAUACAAUUCCAUUAGAUAAACGUCUGGCAGCUGAUGGAAGAGGACUGCAGACAGUUCACAUCAAUGAAAAUUUUGCAAAACUGGCCGAAGCCCUCUACAUUGCUGAUCGGAAGGCUCGUGAAGCUGUGGAAAUGCGUGCUCAAGUAGAGAGAAAGAUGGCUCAGAAAGAAAAGGAGAAGCAUGAAGAGAAGCUCAGAGAGAUGGCCCAGAAAGCCAGGGAGAGAAGGGCUGGGAUCAAAACCCAUGUGGAAAGGUCGAAACUGCAGAGAAAUGAAAAUCGAGAUAUCAGCGAAGUCAUUGCUCUGGGUGUGCCCAAUCCUCGGACUUCCAAUGAAGUUCAGUAUGACCAAAGGCUCUUCAACCAAUCCAAGGGUAUGGACAGUGGUUUUGCAGGUGGAGAAGAUGAAAUUUACAAUGUUUAUGAUCAAGCCUGGAGAGGUGGUAAAGAUAUGGCUCAGAAUAUUUACAGGCCCAGUAAAAAUCUGGACAAGGACAUGUAUGGUGAUGACCUAGAAGCCAGGAUAAAGACUAACAGAUUUGUUCCCGAUAAGGAGUUUUCUGGUUCAGACCGUAGACAAAGAGGCCGAGAAGGACCAGUUCAGUUUGAGGAGGAUCCUUUUGGUUUGGACAAAUUUUUGGAAGAAGCCAAACAGCACGGUGGCUCUAAAAGACCCUCAGAUAGCAGCCGCCCCAAGGAACAUGAGCAUGAAGGCAAGAAGAGGAGAAAGGAGUAGAUACUUUCUUCAGAGUGAAUGAACUAUUAUUCAUAACCCUAAUGAUGAAAGUCAUAUAGGGGAACACUUUGUAAAUGGCCAGGAUGAAAACAAAAUCUGGGUGUCAGAGCCCAGCACUACUUUUUAUUAUAGGAGAAAGGGGGGGAUGGAAAAAUUCUACUUUGAAUUAUUUAGUUUUUUUUAAAGAGUGGGUUGUGUUUGUGCUUUCUCCCACCUUUUGGCAUUUACAGAACAUACUGCCCCACACAUGAAAUUAAGGCCACUUCCCUUUCGAGUGACAUUAGUACUUUGGGGUUAAUAUUUUGUCUAAGAAUGACUGCUUACAAAUAAAGUUAGCCCAACCACAGUGCGUAGAAAGAAGGAUGUUCACAUAUUGUAAGUGUCCUGCCAAAUGAUGUUGGCCCCUGUUGUGCUCUGUUUUAAUUUGGAGUGGGGAAAGUAAGCUCUUGCUUGGUGCAACUAUCUGU